AUGUUGCCGAAGCUCAUCUCGCAGGGCCUGCUGCUCCUCCAGCUUUGCGCUGGCCUUACGACCGCGCAGGACUCUUCGCCGCUCUACAAGGAUCCCAGUGCGGACAUUGAGGAUCGCGUUUCCGACCUCCUUGGUCGGAUGACUGUUGAGGAUAAAAUGGCGCAGUUGAUUCAGGGUGAUAUCACCAACUGGAUGAAUGCGAGUACAGGAGACUUCAACUAUACCGGGCUGGUGGAGAAUAUGAAGGUCAAGGCGGGAAUGUUCUAUGUCGGAUACCCUGUACCCUGGGACUGGAUCGCGACGAAUGUCAAGCGGGCUCAGGAUUACCUGCUGGAGAACACCACGCUUGGGAUUCCGGCGUUUGUUCAGACUGAAGGUAUCCACGGGUUCCUGAUCGGCAACGCCACGAUUUUCAACUCGCCUAUUGCUUAUGGCUGCUCGUUUAACCGAGAGUUGAUCUACAAAAUGGGACAACUUAUCAGUCAGGAAGCCCGUGCUCUCGGAGUGAACCAGCUCUUUGCUCCUGUUGUCGAUCUUGCGCGGGAGCUAAGGUUUGGUCGUGUCGAGGAAACGUUCUCCGAAGAUCCUUACCUUGCCGGCGAGGUCGGAUACUACUAUACCACCGGAAUCCAGAGUCUGAAUGUCUCCGCCCAGGUAAAGCACUAUGCGGGCUUUAGCCAGCCGGAGCAGGGCAUCAACACUGCCCCUGUUCAUGGUGGGGAGAGAUACCUGCGGACUACCUGGUUACCUCCAUUCAAGCGAGCGAUUAUCGACGCCAAGGCAUUGAGUGUCAUGAGCGCGUACCACUCAUAUGACGGUAUCCCUGCUGUCGCAGACUACCACCUCCUAACCGAGAUCCUCCGCGAGGAAUGGGGCUACGAGUACUUCGUGAUCAGUGACGCCGGCGCAACAGACCGACUCUGCAACGCCUUCCAUACCUGCGAAAGCUCACCCAUAGACUCGGAGUCCGUGACCCUCCAGGCCCUUCCCGCUGGUAACGAUGUCGAGAUGGGCGGUGGUUCCUUCAACUUCCGCACAAUCCCGCAACUCCUCGAAUCAGGCAAACUCGACAUUGAAACCGUCGACACGGCCGUCUCCCGCGUCCUGCGCUCGAAGUUCGCCUCGGGCCUUUUCGAGAACCCGUACCCGGCUGCGCCGAAGAAGGAUUGGAAGAAACUCAUCCACAGCAAGGAGGCCCUCAAUCUCGCCCGCGAACUCGACCGCGAGUCUAUCGUCCUCCUUGAGAACCACGAUGAUAUCCUUCCGCUGAAGAAGAAGGGCGAUAUUGCUGUUAUCGGGCCGAUGGCACAUGGGUUUAUGAAUUACGGCGAUUACGUCGUGUACCAGAGCCAAUACCGCGGCGUCACACCCCUCGAUGGCAUCAAAGCCGCCGUCGGCAAGAAGGCCCGCGUGCACUACGCGCAGGGCUGCGAGCGCUGGAGCAACGACCAGUCCGGCUUCGACGAGGCCGUCGCUGCAGCGGAGAAAUCAGACGUCGCGAUUGUCGUUGUCGGAACCUGGUCGCGCGAUCAGCAGGAGUUGUGGCAGGGGUUGAAUGCGACGACAGGUGAACACGUCGACGUAAACUCUCUCACCCUUGUCGGCGCCCAAGCGCCCCUAAUCCGCGCGAUCCUCGACACCGGCGUACCCACAAUCGUCGUUUUCUCCUCCGGAAAGCCCAUCACGGAGCCCUGGAUCUCAACCGAGGCCUCAGCGCUCGUGCAACAGUUCUACCCGUCCGAGCAAGGCGGACACGCCCUCGCUGACAUCCUCUUCGGCGACCACUCGCCCUCGGGCAGAUUGAGCGUCAGCAUCCCGCACUCCGUCGGCGAUCUGCCGAUCUACUACGAUCAUCUCAACUCCGGUCGAUCGAUUGGGGAUUCGGGGUAUGAGCUUGAGAACGGAACCUUGGUUUUCGGACACCAGUAUGUUCUCGGCACGCCUGAGCCACUGUACCCCUUCGGGUUCGGGCGGUCGUAUGUGGACUUCGAGUAUGGCGAGGUUCAGCUCGAUAAGACGGAGGUUACCGCGGGGGAUACAGUGACUGUUUCCGUGGAUAUCACAAACACGGAUUCUCGGCGCGAUGCCGCCGAGGUCGUGCAGGUUUACGUCGUCGAUGAGCUUUCGAGCGUUGUCGUCCCGAAUAAACAGCUGAAGGGGUUCGAGAAGGUGGUUAUUCCGGCUGGGGAAACGAAGACGGUUACUGUUGAGUUGGAGGUGCAGGAGUUGGGGCUUUGGGAUGCGAGGAUGAAGUAUGUUGUUGAGCCGGGGGCGUUUAGGGUUCUUGUUGGUGGGGAUUCAGGGGCGGAGAGGGGGAAUGCGACGUUUUGGGUUCGGUAG